CUUAGACGUUAUAGUAUGAUCCAAAACGCAUUUAUGCUGCUAGAACUACUACAGCUUUUUAUUGCGUUUCAGUAUACGAAUAAUUUUGUCAAUAGCUUUUACUAAUUCCGUACCGUCAGCCUCAUUGCGGCCCCAACUCGCGACACCGGUCUGGAUCGCCGGGCGAAGCGAAUCACCUCAGCUCGGCAUAAAAAAGUUGGUUAGUGAUAACUAACAUCAAGAUGCCGUCAAUUGGGGACGAUGACGACGAUCGCGAUAUAGCAGGGUCGCAAGAUGGUAGCUCCGACAAUGACAUGGACGAUACAACGGGGGACAUGGAGGACGUCGGCCCGGAGCCAGAUCCCGAAAGUCCCUCCAAUUCUAGCAUUGUUUCUGAUACUCAGACUGUCGCAGCAAGCCAACAGAAUCCCCAAGUCCUUUUAACAUCCGCUUCUCCUACCAACAAUGCCGUCUCCGAUUCAUCUCUUCCACUACGCCCAGUGGUGCGCCCAGAGGCGCUCACUGCUUCCACUUAUGAUAUUGUUCCAACCACCGCUGCCCCACACAGCACUUCGAUUAAUGCGGUCACAGCAACGGCGGACAUGAGAUGGGUAUUUAGUGGGGGUACGGACGGAUACGUGCGAAAAUUCAACUGGGUAGAUUCCAUCAACAGCAAAUUGAUGUUGACGGUUGCGCAAAGGCAUCCGUUUGUGGAUAGCGUUGUAAAGGCGGGCGUUUUAAUGACGUAUUGGGAAAAUAUGGAUGGGACCGCGCUGUCGCCAGUUUACUCUCUUGCCUCUCACAGCCAAGGGCUGUGGCUACUUUCCGGUCUCGAAUCCGGGAGUAUUAGAUUGCAGUCCGUCCGUCACGACGAGGGCAAGGAAAUAGCCCUUCUCCAGCAACAUACCUCAGCAGUUUCAGUACUAUCCCUCACGUCAGAUGAACGGUCACUGAUCUCAGGAAGCUGGGAUAAAAGAAUACAUGACUGGGACUUAAAUGUUGGGCAACCAAGGCGAACUUUCGGGGCGAGUGCAGGACAGAUAUCCUCCAUUGAAAUACGCCCGGAAUCUAAUGUACCUGUACCACAAGAGAGUGGGGAGCCUCCUCUGACGAACGGAACAUACUCAUCUAAUACCCAAGCCAAUGACACUUCCAGUUUUGCCUACCAAAGUGGGGCAAUUGCAGCGCGGCAAGCCGAAGGUGCUAAUACGAACCAAGGCGCCGGUUCGCCGGCGGAUUCUCUUUUCGGGACCGAUUCACUUUUUGGAGACGGAGAUGGAGGUGAAACUGAAGCGCCGUCUGGUGGCGCUUUCGCGAUAGACGAAGAUGAUGAGUUUUCCCAGGCUCUUGCGAACGGUGUUCAGCAACCCGAAGAUGAUAAGCAUGGAAUGGAUAUACCUACUACUCAGCCAAACGGUGUCUCAGGUAGUCAACAUACAGAUGACAUGGGGUCGGAAAAGGAAGAUCAAACGGGCCCAUCUUCAGCCACUGCAGUUGAGACUUUGCCGAAUGGUGUAUCUUCUGAAACCCUGGGGGGUUCUCACGCCGAUGAUUUGGAACGUGCGCCAGCAAGCCAAGAUAAAACCGAAGCUUCUUCAGAUGAAACCUCAGACAUAACAUCAGACACUACAUUUUUCUCUGCGUCGAUUGACGGCACAAUACGAGUCUGGGACAGACGACAACCAAACCCGAUUGCCAAGAUCGUUUCUCGAAACGCUCCCCCGUGGUGCAUGAAUGCAUGUUGGUCGCCAGAUGGGAACUAUAUCUAUGCCGGACGGCGCAACGGUACCGUAGAAGAAUUCAGCCUGCAUAAAGGCCUCCGCAGUGCCGAACGGACGUUUAAAUUCCCCCAGGGAAGCGGCCCAGUUUCUGCCGUCAAAGCAAUGCCAAACGGUAGACAUCUAAUCUGUGCUUCGUACGAUAUUCUUCGCCUGUAUGAUCUCAAAAGCGAUCAGUCUUCGAGCCGUUCAAGUGUGCCCUUCCUCAUUGUUCCGGGGCAUCGCACCGGAGUUGUUUCGCAGCUGUACAUGGAUGCGGCAUGUCGGUAUAUGAUAUCCACCGGCGGUAACCGGGGCUGGGAAGGAGCCAAUACGGAAGUUCUGCUUGGGUAUGAGAUAGGAGUCCUCUAAUCAUAUUAAUCUCUAUUCCUUGGAUAUUUCUAGAAGGCUCCAGAAACCCCCUACGCAUCUUUCAACGCUAUACAUCACCUGGCAUUUCAUUUCUGAAGCGUUUUAUUAUACCGCCCCAAUUCCUAUAUGCUGUACGUCUAAGCGGGCUUUUCGCUGUGCUUUUUUCAUACCUAUUAUUAUACCCCCUUUUCUUUUAUUUCUAUCCUGUCGGGAAUCAAUCAUUUUGGAAUGGCCUCUCAUUGUUUCAUGUGGCGGGAUUUUGAAAAGCCCUAGCUUUUAGCUGUGAGCGAACAACGUCAGUGCUACCAUCGCUGUACAUUGCCCAACGAGAGCUUCCCACCUUUCAAUGGCUUUUGUUUUAUGACAUGUUGGCGGGGUUGGUGUGGGAAUGACUUAUGGAACUGGCGCUGGGAUAUUGGGCAGCUCUUCCUUGGAAUGUUUGGAGGGAGUGUUAAUCAACAAGUGGCAGGGGAUUCGAAUCUAUCAACAGGUUUUGUUAAGCCGAAAAUAAUAUGCCACGCUGAUGUAAUUGAUGUAUUCAUAGUUUUGUCUUUCAAUUAGAACUCAUACAACAGAGCGUAACAGAGCGUUUCAGCCGAAGAGCCCAAUUGAUUGCGUUUCAGUGACGAACAAAUGUAGAAUAAACUGCGCCUGGAAAAUUUUAACUUGCAGUCUAAAAAGGUCAGGUUUCAAGGGGAAUCAUACCCAACAACGUAUAUCAUACAGUAAUGUCCAAGUAAAGGUGAAUUCAGAUAC